UUCGUGCAGAAACGCCACGUCCAGCCCAUUACGGUAAAGAUCAUCAUCGGAAGUGUCACCGAGUCCAGGCUCGUCACCGCCGUCCUCAGCAGCGCUCUGCUUCAGAUUCAGCAUACAUGGUGCAAACCUAUAAUCCUCCACUUCGCGAUGAGUGUUCAUAGGUUUCGCCGUACGGAGGUCGAGUAUGGAAGACGGCCAUUUCAAGACAUCGGACCAUCCUCCUUUCAAUUUUGCCAACGCAGAGCUCGCAGUGCGGUUCGGCCAUCUUUCCAGAAACCAUCGUUGGCGGCCAAGUUGCAACAAUGCACACCAAUAAAUCAUGACUGUGCUUGGAAACGUUAUGUAGUCCCUCCAGUUGCUGGGUGAGUUACGGCAUGUUAUAAUCCAUUCGGUAAGAGUGUGGGUUGCUUCCAGAAGCACGCCUUUUUCGUGGGCUGUACUCCGGUCCGAUGCUUCUUCGAUGGCCCGUUCAAGAUCCAUAAUAGCUACCAGGCUCUCUGCGAGUGGCUUCCGACUGACAAUUUUACGACGUUCAAUGUAUUGCCACAUUUCGCUGUGCUUUAAGAAAAAUAUGGUCGAUGAUGCAACAUUCGCCGAAACCCUCAACACACGCAGGGUAUUCAUGUAAUCGAACACGGCAUCAGGGCAUAUCUGUUGGGUUCCGAACUCGAAGAUGAUUACCGAACAGCCAAAAAGUAGGAGCGCCGCCCAAUUAGAACUAUCGACGUUGACUGGUGCGUUGCGGAAGCUUGUCAAGGCCAUAACAUGUUGUUGAUAGGCCCCGGAGUCGCUCAACUGCUCGUGGCGGAGAGUCUCUGUUUCACCAAGUAGAUUGAAUACAGAACAUAGGCAGUAGCGGAAGAAAUCGUAUCUGGUCGCUGCCGGCACAAUGGCAUCUCCCCACAGUUCCCUUUCUCUGCGUGUUGGAUCCAUCCCGAAAGUAUUGUGCAGAUC